UGAUGCAUGUGCAUUGUGUGGGUGCGCGCGCGUGUGCGGGAGGGAGGCCGAGUGUUGGGGAUGAUGAUGAUGAUGCAUGACUAAGUGAUGUGUUGAACAGCCACCAUCAUGGCAGCUUCUCUCUCCCAGCUCUCUGUUCUCAGCCAAAUCAGCGAGGAAUUCCUCCUCUGCCAGGUGUGUUUCGAGCGGUUCAACAAGCCCAAAAUCCUGCCAUGCCUCCACAGCUUCUGCGAGGGGUGUCUGCAGCGCUACGCCCCGGCCGGCAGCCGAACGAUCCGCUGCCCGAUGUGCAAGCAGGAGACGGAACUCCCCGAAAAUGGCGGCGUGUGCGGCCUGAAGGAUAAUUUCUUCAUCCUCAACCUGUCUGACGUGUUCACGGAGAUCGCGCCGGCGAAGCGAGGCGAGAAGCAGCCGCCGCGUAAGGCCAUCUGUACCAUAUGUGUCGGUGCGGAACCCGCUGAGGCAAGUUUUCGGUGUUUGGAGUGCGUGGAUUUCUUGUGUGAUGUCUGUGCUCCUUCGCACGACCACCGCCUAGCAAGGUUCAGCCGGCAGCAUCACGUCAUCUCGGUGCCGGCCUCGGAGAAUAAAAAGCUCUUGAGGAGGGAUAUCUACUGCGACAAGCACAACUCGGAGACGGUCAGAUUCUUCUGCGAGUCUUGCAACCGGCCCAUCUGCCGCGACUGUGUCCUGGUGGAACACAAGGAUCAUUCCCACACUUUUUUGAAGGACGAAGUCUCAAAGCACAAGAACACCAUAGACACUCUGUUACACGGUGUAAGGGACAAGAUUGCCGCAUUUGAAGAGGCCAUGAAGAGCGUUGACGAAGCAGAGGCCAAUCUCGAAGCCAAUCGGGGACAGGCCGAAUACAUUAUCAACAAGACAAUGCAGGACUACAUCACCCAGCUGAAGGUGCAGCAGCAGCAUCUCACGCAAAAGUUGAGCCGAGCCUGUGAGGGGCGAAAGAAGCAGCUGAAUGCCCAUCGGAAGAGCCUCCAGGCUGGGCUAGAAAACCUGCUCAGCGGGUUUGACUUCACCGAGAAAGCCCUGGGGCAUGGAUCGGAGCUAGACAUCUUGUCCAUCAAAGACGAAGUGAUUGACAGGUUGCAGGGUCUGUCGACCAUCUCGCCGCAGCAAGACCUUACGCUGGAUCAACUCUCCCAACUGUACUUUGUCGCGAGCGAGAGCGCGGCCGACCUGUCGCUACCUCUUCUCGGGGAGAUCCGCUGCGGGGACCGGACCUUCGUGGACAUGUCCGAGACGGGCGAUUCCCGGUCGAUCUGCUCCAUUGAGUCGUCGGAACUCGGAGACAGCUCCAUGUCCGAAUCCAUUCCGAAGUCACCGAGGAAAGUCGUGGAGGCAAGGCCGCUGCCAGUCAGCAAACCCCAGCUCUUGUUCCAUCUAAAGGAUGAGACAGAUGAGGCUGGGGAAUUCGACUGGCCAAGCGGAGUGGCAUCCAGUGCCGACGGAGAAUAUGUGGCCAUCGUCGAUCGAGACAACGACCGCAUUCAGGUGUAUAACCGAAAGGGGAAAUUCGAGUGUAAAUUCGGAAAUCGCGGCCGGCAGCCCUGCCAGUUUGAGCUGCCACUGGAUGCCGCCAUCACGACCGACGAUGACCCCUGCAUCUACGUCACGGACGAGUACAACCACCGCGUCCAGAAGCUGACCCUCUACGGCAAAUACGUCUCGCACUUUGGGGACAACGGGAUCUUUAAGCAGCCCUACGGCAUCGCCAUCACCAGCAAAGGACACGUCGUGGUGACAGACAUCGGCAAGCACCGGGUGACCAUCCACGACCCCAACGGGAAACUCCUGCAUCACUUCGGGUCCAGGGGAGACGGGGAGACGCAGUUCAACGAGCCGCGCUACGUGGCCGCCCACAACGACAAGAUUGUGGUGUCCGACCACUGCAACCACUGCAUCAAGGUCUUCAACUCUCAGGGAGCCCAUCUUCGCACCUUUGGCUCCUGCGGCUCCGGGAACGGGCAGUUCAUUGGGCCGACGGGGGUCUGCAUCGACAAAGACGGCAACAUCAUUGUGGCCGACUGCGCCGACCGGGUCCAGCUCUUCAACUCGGAGGGCGUGUUCCUCCGGCAUCUACUAAACGAAGGAGACGGCUUGAGUGGACCCUUGGGCAUGGUCAUCACGGCGUCCGAAGAGUUGGUGAUUACCAACUUGGGCACACACUGUGUCAAUGUUUUCAAGUACAGCGGCUGGGUAUGAUGAUAGAGUCAUGUCAGUCCUCAUUCAACUGAGUUCAGGAUAGUCAGAAUAAUUUAUGGCAAUAUGGUCACCAUCAGUGUUAACAGAAAAUAUAGAAAUCAUCGUGACCCCACCCCCAAAAAGAGCUUAGAAAUGUUAGAACUUUUCCAUAAAGUUUCACUCGAAAAUUUAGGCAAAAAAUAUCGCAUUUUAACGAAAUGCAAAUCAAGAAAGAUCAUCGCUGAAAAUUAAAAAUUGUGGAUGACUGUAUUGUACUGGACUGAUGCUUCAGUUUUUUAGUCUAAAAAUUAAACGAGAAUUGGAAGAAAAGUCAAUUUCUUUGUCCCUCGUCACUGAGUAACCAAGGAUAGUUCCUUAUACAUGUGAUAGAUUCCAUAGAAGCCGUCGCAGGUGGCAUACCUAUUCUUGUACAAUUCCUUUUCACGUCAAGCUCUCUGUACAUACAGUGGAAUUUUAAAGCCACUGAAUGCUGUUCCAAGAAAGUUUUGUAAUAACACCAUUGUCUGAACAUAUUUUUCGGAUGGCAUCCGUAUACAAAUGCCAGUUGUAAAUUAUCAUGAAGGGCAAUCGAGCUCUUCAAUCCAGUAUUUAAUAUAUUAUGAAGUAAAAUCAUCGUCUUGCCAUAUAUAUAAAAGCGCGAGUUAUCCGAUAUUUAUGGAACCGUCACAACAGGAUCCAUGGAAGUACAUGAAACAUGUCUGAAUCUGUGUAUGAUCUGGUAGGAUGUCGAUUCUAUUGGAAAUUCUAUUGAAAGUUCUAUUGAAAUAGUUGUUAAAUGUGCGUGUAUGUACAGGAAUAUGGCGUGACUAUUUGUUGAAGCACAAAUUAUAUAAAAUUUACAGUAGAUUGUGUCAUAUUUCCGCAAUAUUCGGGGCAGCUGCAAUUCAGAAUUCAAGGAAUUUGUAUUUAUCGUUUUUUUCUGGAAUUUAUCGACACGACCAUGCACAAUGCAGAAGUCCGCAUGCAAGUUGGCGGAUGACAGACUCCAGCGCUGCUUCUGACCAAGGGACGAUAUCGUGGAGCUGCUCACUCACACAAAGGCGCUAAGCACCCAGAAUACUCGCUUAGCAAAGCGUGGGUUUCCAGCUGAAGCGUCAUUGAUUAUAUAUUUCUAGUAACUGGUUCUAGCCGGUUCCGCCUACUUCACGAAAUCGGGCCCGUCUUGGCCACUUUGCAUCCGACAUUUUCACAGCCAUCAAAUAUCUGUUUGGAUUUUAAUAAAUCCGCGCCAAAGUGGCUUCCCGCGUGGAAAGAAUAAUACCCAGCGUAGGCUACCUUCUUGUAAUAGAUGAAGUGGGUGCAUUGGGGAGUAAUUAUCUUGAGAAGAGUGAAAUGAAAAAAAAGCGAGCGCAAUUUAAUUUAUUUCUUCUACAUUGUCUGUCCACUCUAUAUUCAAAGACCGCAAAAGUUAUUGACAGUACAUAUCGUGUAAUAAGGUGGAAAAUGCAUGUCCCAAUACACGUAAGUCUUCGAACACAAUUAUCGAUUCGUAACUAGAUAAUGUACGACAAUAAUAUUAUACAUGCUACGAGUGAUGUGUCCAGCUAAACUAAAUGUUCAAGGGGUGACAAACACGCAUGCGUUUUGAAGGCAUGCAGAGACGAUUCACGUAGCUCUAAAAUACCGACGGUGCUGCGGUGUCGUUGUUGAAUGCUUAUAGCAGGGAGUACAUGAACCCUCCACAUGAGCACCGCUGACUCAGUGUUUCGAAGCAGACGGUGGUUUUCAACCACAAAAAAAGCAUUUUUUGAACUUGAAUCCAAACUCUGCACCGCUAUUAGUCAUCACAAACGAACUUGAGCACCCCCUCAACUACUAGGAAUGGUUGGCUGCAUUUAGUCUGAGCAGUUAGGGUAGGCCUUUCUUUCGUGCUUUUAAAGUCAUAUUGCCAUUGCCACGUGAAAAGUAACUUUGACAGUGAAAAGGGGGCAUAAUGCACCUGUAAUAUGUCUUAGUUUGUCAAUGUGUGUGAGUCAAAUAAUGCGAUUAACGCUUCAACUUAUUUAUUUUUCAUAUGAAAACCAAUAUUGGCUAUAUUCUAUGAAUUAACUGUACAUUAUUCCCAAAAGAAAGGUAUGUAAUAUUGUGGAACAUCGUUAUAUUUACUACAUGCAAAGCAACGCUUUUCUGAUACAGUGUUAUGAUUCGAUGUACUUAAUUAUAUUCGGUUUGGUAGUGCUUAGCUUGCUUAUGGCGAUUUUCGUUAUCCUGUUUUGCACAGUACGCUUUAUUUUGUGAAAUAAUGUUUGGCAUACAUUUUUGUGUUCAAUUAGCUAUAUUUUGUAAGAGAGCUUUUGCAAUUUUUAUUUAUGAAAUGAGGCAUGUAUAGGCCUGUGGGCAUUAGGGUUGGUAGUAACUCAAGGAGAGAGAGAAAAAGAAUGUCUUUGAAGAUCGUUUGCAAUAAAUUGGGUAUGUCGUGGCAUUUUGGCUAUCUAUAGGGUUUUCCUUCAAGGACAAAGACUUGGGCCGCCUCUAAAAAAAUGAAAUUGACCCCUCCCUUACAUAGAGAAGUCGUUCAAAAUUACGAAGUUUUCAAUUGGAUUUGAUCAUGAUUUGAUAUGAUUUGCCCGUGCUGUAAUAAAGUUUUGAUCUCGAUUCAACCCCCCACAAAAUAUAAAAAUAGAGAAAAGUUUUCAAAACAGCAUAAUUAUUCUAAAUAAAUCUAGCCUAAUAGGCCGUAUAUAAAUGUUUGAACUAGAAA